GAGGAAGGGUUUGACCAGUGAGCGGGGAGGGAUCACCACCUGUAGAGCUCGUGUAUGGCAGCGGGGAGACGAAGGGACAGGAACAGGAACAGCAGGUGGAGGAGAAAGGCAGUGGGGGAAGGGCGGUCAGUCCCCGGGGGAGCUGGCAGAGAGCCGCAGAGGGCAGUGGGGCGGAGGCGGAAGGAGGCACAGGUGGGAGUGGGGGAGCGGUCUCGGGGUUGGGAGCGAGGCGGAGCGCUGGGGUGGCUGGGGCUGUCGCGGUGACCCUCCGGGGAAGGCGGCGCCAUGGCCCGGAGCUGGCGGUGGCUGCAGGGGCUGGUCCUCACCUGGCUCCCCAUAGGCUGCCUCUCCCUGCUGGUGAUAGUGCAGGAUAUUGAGCGAUACACCACCUUAUUUGCUUCUGUGAUCCUCAAGUGUGACUACACCACUUCAGCACAGCUGCAGGAUAUAGUGGUGACAUGGCGCUUCAAAUCCUUCUGCAAGGACCCCAUCUUUGACUACUACUCUGCCUCCUACCAGGCUGGGUUAGCUCUUGGCCAGGACCCAUCCAAUGACUGUAAUGACAACCAGCGAGUGGUGCGAAUCGUCAUUCAGAGACGUGGACAGAACGAGCCUGUGCUAGGCAUAGAGUACAGACAGCGCAAGAUCACCAUCCAGAAUCGGGCAGACCUUGUGAUCAGUGAGGUGAUGUGGUGGGACCAUGGAGUCUACUACUGUGCUGUUGAGGCUCCAGGAGACACUGCAGGCGACCCAGACAAAGAGGUUAAGCUCGUUGUUCUGCAUUGGCUCACGGUGAUCUUCAUCGUUCUUGGUGCUCUCCUCCUCCUCAUGCUGAUCGGGGUGUGCUGGUGCCAGUGCUGCCCCCAACACUGCUGCUGCCAUGUCCGUUGCGCCUGUUGUCCAACCCGCUGCUGCUGCAAUGAGGAAGCCCUGGAACGACAUCGGUUCGUGAAGCAGGCUCGGACACUCAUGCCAUGGAUGACACACUACCCAUUCUAUGUGGGAGGUGACGGGAACUCCCAACUCUCUUCUUACCAGCUGAACCCAUUGCUGCAAAAAGAUGUCUCUCUGCAGAGCAGCCUCCCACUGGUGCAUUCGCAGGGCCAGCUGCCCCCGCAAAACAACGUCCUGGACUAUCUGGAGUCUGAGAUCCAAAACCUCAACCUAUCCCAGCCCCUGCUACCCUCCCACCACUUUGGGACCAACCAGCAUCCCAGUGUGCUUUCCUCCCUGAGCUCAGAGAUUGUGGAGCGCAGGGUAAUCCAGCUGCCUCCCAUCACUGAGCUCAUCCCAUCCUCACAGAGGAGCACUAGCUUGUCACAGCUGCAGCGAGCUGGCCAUGCUGCAGAAUCCUGGGGCUCCACAAUAGAGGAUGAGAGGGAGGACCGGAGAAGAUGCCAGCCCUUGAAUGGAGAUUCUCUCUCCAGCUUUGAUCAGGAAUCCUGGGACAAGGGGCGAGACCAGCCUCCUCAGAGGCAGAGGGAGGGCAGCUAUGAGGGCAGGCACCGGAGUUCCAGGCGGGAUGUAUCGCCCACACACCGGCCAGACCACGGUAGGUAUGGUGGCAUCUGCUACCCUGAGGAGGCCAGGGAGCACUCAGGCCGCCGUUUCAACCCCAGGCAGCAGCCUUUGGAGAGGCAAAGGUAUCAAAGCUCCAACAGAAAGGGCAGCAAUUCAGAGCAGCGGGGGCGCCAGCAUCGCAGCUAUUCUCCUCCGUCAUGGCGAGAGUCGUGGAGCUCGGCAGAAGAGCACAGUCGCUUCCAGGGGAACAAUAGGCAACGCCACCGUCGCUCCCCAGGCUGGCCAGAAGACAAGCCACCCAGUUACCGCUCAUUGGAAAUUAUCCCAGCCAAGGACAGCAAACACAGAAGCAGUGUGGGACAGCAGUCGGAAAAAGGAAGUUCCCGCAGUGGAAAAAGCGUGGUCAUUUAACAUCAUGGUGAAAGGACUGAAACUCCUAAUGGUUCUGCUUUGGGGCUCCCUUUUGCCCUCCCAGUGUGUAAUUUCUGAUUGAACAGGAGACCUGCAACAACUGGAUAAAAUAAAAUGUAGUGGAGACCAGUGAGGAAACUGUGCAUAGGAGGCCAGGAGAUCAGUGGCUUUUUAACCUCUAAAAACCUUCUUAUUCCUUCCUUACUCUAGAGAUUUUGGUUUCAAACAGACCAUGGUUGUUGCAAGUGGUCCCUUUGAGAGUAGAGUUUCUGGUGGCACUGAACAAAUAGCAUGUCCUCCCUCUCUGACUUUGAAUCUCACCAAAUGUUGUGCAUGUGGCCCUGAGAUUCAGCACCAAACAUUAGAAUGUUUGCCUUGAUUAACAAGUGGUGGUUUCCUUUUGCCUCAGUGAGUUUCUGUCAUACAGCCCUAGAUGAAACUGUCAAGUAAACAGUUCGCUGUGCGCUAAAGGAAGCGUCAGAAUGUUACAUGCACAUGUGAAUCUAAGUGCACUCUCUACAAGAGCACAUGGCCACUUCUGUGCUUGGAAAAACGCCUGAAUAUUGCUGGUGCUUCCAGUUUAUAUUGACAGAUACCUUAAUAAGGACAUGGAGAGGGUCUGCCUGGCCACUUGACCCAGACUGUAGUGUAUUCAUGAGUUCAAAGUACUAAUCUACAAGGUUCUGUUAUCAUAGAUUGAUGCUGUUUUCGGGGGCUGAGCUAUGGUUAACUGCCAUCCUGGCAACAGUGGGCCUGAUUUUCAAAGGUACCAAGCUCAUGUUCAUUUUAAGUCAAUGGGAGCUUGGUGAUACCCUAUCACCUCCAAAAAUGAUGAUCUCUGUGGAUAUUUUUUUUUUGAGGAAUCAACCCUUUCCCCAAAAUCUCACGUGCUCUGCUUUCCUUCUUGGCCUCUGUCCUCCUGAGGUGCGUGUAUGGGGAAAAUGGGCUCUAGGAGACGAGUCUUGUCCCCUGCUUUGCUAUUGCCCUUCUAACAUGCUGUUAGGGAGCUGAUCUUUAUCCUGAGCACUGCAUUUUUCGUAAACUUGUUGCUCAACAGAUCUGUGGUUUGGUUACUAUUGGAUUAAGGUGCCUGCCUAUAAAUUACCCUGUAACUAAAAGCAAAGAGAGAAUUUCCUUUGGAAACCAAUUGCAAUAGGCAGAAUAGCAGGUCAGUCUGUUUUUUCUUGGCUGGAAGAGACGAGACAAAAGAAUCCUUUUCUCUGGAUGUUGAGAUAAGAGGCUUCUGAUCACCAUGGUAAAGCUGCUCUCUAAAGGCACUUUGUGAACUGCUGACACUAGGGUUCAGCUCUUUGUGUGAAGCUUUGGGAAUGGCGUGUAUAUUAUUUUGUAAUUUGCAACACCUAAAGUUUGGUCAAGACCUAUUCUUACUUCAUCCAGUCCAUUUCCCAGCUGGCACAGGAUUGCUCUCUACAGGACAUUUUAAAACUAUCAGUGGAGUGCCUGCCACUUCCUUUGGAAAGCUAGCUUCCAGGAUUGAUUUUUGAAAAUGACCCUUCCUUGCACUCUUGUGGGGAACCACCCUCUGGAAUUCAUAUAAAGUGCUUUGUCUCCCUCCCUAGGGCUGUGUGUAUGCCAGAUAAAUGAACUCCUGGAUGGUGCAAGUAUCAAUGGAGUAGUGUUGCCACACUAGGUGUGUUCUUUGUGCUUGUGGUUUUUCCCUUUGCUCACAUUUGGGCAGUACUGCAAUGUCAUGGUAGCAGUGCUUUCUCUGGGUGUCCUGUCCCACAGUUCCCAGCACUGCUGCCUGAAGCAGUGGCUGCGAGUGGAUUCUGAAGAGCUGUCUGGUAACCUAGGGCCGCUGUGAAAGAAGUCAAAUUCCCACAAUUCCCUGGGAACUAGUGCCAUUUCUUAGUUCUUCUCUCAAACUUGGGGCCAAGGAUGAACAUCCAGCUCCCUCUUACUGCUCUAUAAGAGGGUUGUUUUUUUCUGGAUUAUCCUGAAACGGUUGGAGACCAAGGCCAACAGCUGAUGGAACAUCUUACAUAAUGGCCACCAUCUUGGCCAGCACAGCAGGGAUUGAAACAGGGACCAUUAGAGCUAAAAGCUUGAGAUCCAGAUCCAGGCUGUACAGCAGGAGACUAACAAACUCACCUCUUCUGUGGAUUGGGGGAUGUGUAACUUGCAUGGACUACUAAAUCACACGUGCCCCACACCUGGAAUAGCUGGCUCCAUACAGAACUUGAGGAUGAUGCUCCCAGCUCCAGUGUUGCUUCUAGGUCUGUUCCACGGUCGCACAUCUGUGUAACCAAGUUCAUCUUGAGACCUGUGAUGGAUGCAGUAGGGAUUGUCUAAUUUUAUGUUAGAGAAGACUUUUCUGUAUUUCCAUUGUGAGCUAGCCCCAACAUUGCAGCAACCAGAAUGUAAGGUUCUGGCUCCAUUCCCCAUGGAAAAGAGAGGCAAUUGCCCUGUGGAAUCUGGCUGUCUUGGAUGGAUCUGUGAAAAUUUUUAUUUAAAAAUGAGAUUUUAAUGAUAUGGUGGUGGUAGUGGUACUUAUGUAAUUUGAAUGGUUUUAAUACAUUUCUCUGUGUGUGGCUGGCUAAUGAUUUUGUAUUCGUUGUGAAGAGUUGAUGGACAAUUGAAUUGAUAUUAAAGAACAGCAUUGUUGCCCCUUCUUCCCACAUCAGUAUCCCAUUCUGAGGAUAUGUCUACACUUUAACCACUACAGCGGCCCACCUGGAACACUGCAGCUUUGCCACUGUCUACACUGCAUCAGGAGGGGUUCUCCUGUCGGCAUAGGUAAUCCACCUCCCCAAGAUGUCUUCUGUCAACCUAGCAUUGUCUACACUGGGGGUUAAGUCAGCACAGUUAUGUCUCUCAGGGGUAUGGAUUUUUCACACCCAUGAGAGGUGUAGCUAUGCCUUUGUAAGUUCCCUGUGUAGACCAGUCCUGGCACUCAGCAUUGCCCCUCUGCUGAGCAGAAGCAGAUGUCUGGGGCUGAGCAGGUUGACUUUCCAGGGAGGAAAAAUCAGUAGUAUGGAUUCUGGGUAUAUUCAGUGUAACUUGCUUUAUCUACAUGCACCCUAGUUCUGAAAUGAGAUGGUCAAACAGCAUGCAGGAUAAUCCCUUCUCUUCUCCCUACUAUCUCAGCCCAGACCAGUGCCCGGCUCCCAAGGAGCAACUGUGCCCCAUAAACUGAUUCUAAUCAGAGCCCAAGGCAGAUAGUAAACUCCUGCUUUUUGCACAGCUACUUCUUUCCCCAAAAGCUGCCUCUUCACAAAAUCUUGUAUAACUCCAGCCUAACACAGCAUGUCUUCCCAAGAGACAAAACUUGUUCACACGCUAAGGGCUGGCCUAAACUGAAAAGUUGCAUCAGCAUAACUACGUCUCUCAGGAGUGUGAAAAAUCCACACUCCUGAGAGACAUAGUUAAGAUGACCUAUACCUUGCUGUAAACAGCUAGGUCAACAGAAUAAUUUUGUUGACCUAUCUACCUCUCCCAGAGGGAGUAGCUUACCUAGAUUUGAGCAAUGGGAGAACCCCUUCUAUUGCUAUAGUAAGUGUCCACACUGAAGCACUACAGUCAUGCAGCUGUGUUGCUGUAGCAUUUCAAGUGUAGACGUAGCCUGUGGAAAAAGGACAUGAAGGUUAUGUGUAACAGUGCUAUUUGAUGAUGACUGCCAGAAUGGUAUGAUUGUAUUAAUGACACAACUUGGGGCACAAGGAAGUGAGCUCUCUUCUUCCCUUUCCCCACGAGCUCUGUAGUAGAGCUGAAGAAAUUAUUUGUGAAUAGUUCAUUAAUGCUUGUUUUGACCAUGUUUGGGCCCCUAUUUUUCACUUUUUGAUAACAUUCACAUGAGCUAAAUUCUGCUUGUAUGAAUGUUUUUGGGAAAACUAAUUUCAAACCUGUAGCUGAAACAUUUAAUUUUGUGAUUAAAUGGUGGACAGUAGUAGUUUAGAUUAUCCAGUUGGGGACUGGAAACAAUACUAUGUGGUUUAGAUAACAAAACAUGCAGCUCAAAUAUUAAAUACUCUUACUCGCAUGGAAUGGAGUCAGAGAAAUCCACAGACUGCAGUUUGUUUACACAAAAGUUUCUGUCAGGAUUCCCUCCCCACUCUGAACUCUAGGGUACAGAUGUGGGGACCCGCAUGAAAGACCCCCUAAGCUUAUUUCUACCAACUUAGGCUAAAAACUUCCCCAAGGCACAAAUCCGCCCUUGUCCUCGGAUGGUACUGCUGCCACCACCAAGUGAGUUAGACAAAGAUUCAGGAAAAGGACCACUUGGAGUUCCUGUUUCCCCAAAAUAUCUCCCCAAGCCCCUUCACCCCCUUUCCUGGGGAGGCUUGAGAAUAAUAUACCAACCAAAUAGGUAAACAAGGUGAGCACAGACCAGACCACUGGGUUUUUAGGACACUAAAAACUAAUCAGGUUCUUAAAAGCAGAACUUUAUUAUAAAGAAAAAAGUAAAAGAAGCACCUCUGUAAAAUCAGGAUGGAAGAUAAUUUUACAGGGUAAUAAGAUUUAAAACACAGAGGAUUCCCCUCUAGGCAAAACUUCAAAGUUACAAAAAACAGGAAAAAAACCUCCCUCUUAGCAUAGGGAAAAUUCACAAGCUAAAACAAAAGAUAAUCUAACGCCUUUCCCGGCUUUACUUACAAUUUUUGUACUUUUAGAUGCUUAUUUCAGACAGGGUUUUAGCAGAUGUUUUUUUCCUGCCCUGGCCCCUCUCUGUUCCAAGAGAGAAUUAAAACAAAGAGCACAAACAAAACCUUUUCCACCCUCCCCCAGAUCUGGAAGUAUCUUCUUUCCCCAUUGGUCCUUCUGGUCAGGUUGCAACUAGGUUAAUGGAACUGAUUAGCCCCUUCCAGGUAAAGGAGGGAUUUUUAUGACCGUUUCAAAUAAUUACAAAGAGCAAACAAAUUCAUAAGUCAAUGAGCUUGUGUAUAGGUGGUAAACUGGAUAAAUUCAUUUCCAGUUGCUGAUUCAGUUCUAGUCUCUGUGGAUCUUGUUGAACAGUCAAAGAAAUAUCCCUUGCAAACAAGAAAAUUUCUGUAUCAAUAGAGAUGAAAUGGGUGCAAAGUGAUUAUGCUAUAACGAGACCCUUUCUUGGUGGUAAUGAGUAUGCCUGAACCUCCCAUUGCAAGCUCUCCUGGUCUGCAGGGCAGGCAGAUAUUGAUCCUGGCAACUGCUUUCCACUCAUUGCUAUAGAGCCAUGAUUGGUAUAAAAUCUUCUGUUCUCGCUGAACAAGAAUGGACCCAUGUGCCUGGCUAUCUUAUGCAUUUGUAGAGCUCCUAUUGCUGCAGUAGGUAGACCCCAUUCCAAGACUGGAGGCCCAAGGGGCUGCUUUUUGUGCAAUCGCUGAGUUCAAACAAAGUAAACAAUCACAUGUAGACUGUUGGCAAUCGAGCAACCCAUAACUGACAGUGCAAAAAGGCCCAGGAACAAUCUUAGAGCUUGUCUUCAUUGCAGGGGUAACUUGUGCUCACUCAGCUCAAGUGAGAGUGGCUACACAGCAAAAUAACUCUCAAACAGCACAGUGUGUUUGUGGUAGCAGCACAGUGUAGCUACGUCUCCAUUGCAUUAUUAGACCCAGCAGCACUUGAGCUUCUACCCACACCCCCGACGGGCCAGCUAAUGUGAGUUUAAAGCGCCAGUUAACCUGGGCUAGAGAUUUUUGCAUGUGCAUGGGAGUCAAGGUAGGGGCAACAUUCAAAUUAUCUUGAGCUAAUGCUGCAGUGAAGAUGAGCCCUUUUGUAGUUCUGCAUCUUGUUUAAUCUCUAGAAUGUGCCUUGUACUAUUUUUCUACAAUGUCAUUCCACUAUGCCAGCUGUACAAUGAAAAGCCAGAUGGUAACUGAUGUUUGUAUGUUUUGGUUUUUGAGUGAUUGUCAAAUGUAUGAUUAAAAUAAAUGAGAACUUCUAGCCA